AUGCCCCGCUUCGACCGGAUCCCGCGACUGUCGGCCUCGAAGAUGCAGAGCGAAUCGGCCAGGCUGCUGUCGUUCUCCAAGGGGUGGCCCCGGUCGUCCCCCGUGCGGCCCGCGGACUUGGCGCGGGCCGGACUCUACCACAUGGGCUUCAGCGACCUGGUGGCCUGCUUCCGCUGCGGCGGGACGAUGCAUCGCUGGGAGGAGGGGGACGACCCCGCUCGGGAGCACGCCAGGCACUUCCCCGCCUGCGCUCGCGCGGUGGGUGACGCCAGCGACGGCGCCGGGCGGGGACAAUUCGAUGAGCUCACUGCGUCACCGUCGUCGCCGUCGACGCUGCCGUCGCAGUCGUCAUCGUCGUCACCGUUGUCGUCGUUGCGUUUGUCCCUGGGUGGCGCCUUUUCCCCGCAGGCCCCGUUGCCGCCGGCCACUCAGGAUGGCGCCGACUCCGGACUGAGUCCAGAGAUGCGUUCGUUCGGGGCGCGACUCAGAUCUUUCGCGAGCUGGCCGUACACCGCCAAUGUGUCCCCGCCUGAACUGGCCUACGCAGGCUUCUACUAUUCCGCGGUGCCAUCGACUGAGGAGCUUCUGGACAAGCUGGAAGAGCGGCUGUCCUGCAAGGUGUGCAUGGAGCGCGAGGUGUCCACAAUGUUCGUGCCGUGCGGACACGUGGCGACGUGCGGCCACUGCGCCCUCUCCCUGAUCCAGUGUCCCGUGUGCCGCGUCGCCGUGAAGACGUCGCUCCGGGCCUUCGUGGUUUAG